AUGGCAUUAAGACAAACGCUUACCAAAAAAGGGUCUUUAGACACAGGCUGUGAAACCGAGUCAUGUUCUUCUAUAGCUGUCAGACUUCUUCAGUUAUCAAAGAGUAUCAAGAUGCUAGGGGCACAGAUGGAUUUGAAAAUCCUGGUAAUGGGGAUGAAGAUCAACAGAAGGGUGCAGCCGAGCCAGCUCCUCUGCUACUGCCUUAAGUCAUUCGCUUUUAGACAACACAAAGACACUGUAAGCAAAGACAGUUCUGAUGGAAUCAGCAGAACGAGAAAAAAGAAAUACAGUUCGCAAGAGCAAGUCAAACUUGAUAUCAAGGAACUCAGAGCCAUUACUGAGAAAAUCUGUUUAGGUUCUUUCUUAAACAUUGUCGAGACUUGCGAGACACGUAACAACGGUGAAGCAUAUCAGAUGGUCAGAUAUAACCAUCACAAUUCCAGAAUACCAUCAUCAUCAUCAACGUUAUUAUCAUCACCAUUGCUAGAUUUGAGAGUGUUCUACGUCAGAAUCUUCAACUUCAAGGUGGAUGAUGAAUCCACACCUGAGGUCCUCACAAUCACUCACAUCCCUCUUCAUCCAGAUUCACUUCUAGAGAUCAACGGCGUCCGAACGAGCUUCGUUUCCUCUCAGCUAAGGCGAGACCGUGUUGAUAAGAUAUCAGAAGCGGCUACCUAUAUCAGCACAGACAACAUAAGGUUAUCCGGUAGUGUGAAGUUCGAGGUGCACGACAGAGAUGAGCUUGUUUUGUCUGGAACGUUAGAGAUGUCUAGUAGUAAGCGGUGUAACAUGAACUGUGAAGCAGGGUGCGGUUUCUUGAAGGAGAAGCAUGUUGUUUGUUCAGAGUUGCCAAGUGUUGAAGUACAUGUCACUGGUUGCGUGUCAGAAACACCCAUCAUUUUGACCAAGACACUUCAUCUUGGUUUCAGAAAGAAGCAUCAGAGUAGAGCGUCUGCGUUAGAUUCUAUUCCAGAGUAUGAAGCUGGUGAGCCUCAGAAAGAAGGCAGCUCAUCUGAGGUAACAGAAUACGGAAGAUAUAAAGAAGAUUAUGAUGACGACAGCAUGUAUAUGAGAAGAGAGUACGGAGAUGGCGAAGAUGGAGAGAUGUCAUGGUUCAAUGCAGGUGUGAGGGUUGGUGUGGGAAUAGGGCUUGGUGUGUGUGUAGGACUCGGCAUUGGAGUUGGACUUCUGGUGCGUACAUAUCAAUCAACAUCCAGAAACUUCAGAAGAAGGCUUAUCUAGUUUCAGACUCAAAUUGUCUCAAGCUUCUUAAUUAGCAUUCUCUAACUUUCUCACAUUGCACUUCAAAUCUACUAAGCUACUAUAUAGUCUAAUAGCUAAUACUGGUGUGUAGUUAUUAUAAUCUUUAUUCAUGUGUCAUGUGUGUGUUUUCCAUUUGUGUCUUUAGAUUUUUGAAAGUAAUCAUUCUAUUCUUCCUCUGUUUGUUGAGUUUCAGACAGAAAGAACCAAAGCUUGUUGUUGCGUACAUUGAAUGUAAAUAAAUGCUUUGAAUACAAGAGUUGUUGGAUUCA